UCCCACUCUUGACCGCGGGGAUGGUAAUUCUAUUCAAGUAACCAGGACCGACGGAGACGACUGAAAGCGCGCGAGAAAUCAGGAAAUAAAACCCUAAUUCUCAUCACCAUCUUCAAAUUGGAGUACUUAAAUUGCCAGGUUAUUGAAUUUCUUCUUCAUUCAAUCUAUUUAUCGAUAUAAUUUUGAAUUCUUUGUGUAAAAAGUUUGGAAUUCUUUGUGUAAGGAGAGUGUGAUUGAUUGAUUGAUUAAUGGGUAGGAAGAAAGCCAGACCACAUAGGUCAGGUGGUGGGAAAAUAUCAUCAUCAUCACUAACAACAGCUAAUGGUACUACUGGUAGUCUAAAUUCAGAUAAAACCCUAGAUGCAGACUCGAAUAAGAACAUAGAACCACAAGUUAAACCUUUCUUAUUAGUAGAUAUUGAUCAGACAUUAUGUUCUACUCAUGAGCAUCUUGACAUUGCUGAAAUUGUUUUGAAAGAUUUUAAUUACAAGUCUAGAGAUGAAAGAUUAUUUGAUUUUGAAAAAGAUAAGGAGUUUUCUCUUAGGUUUAGGUUAUGUAAUUUACAAGAGGAAUUUGCGAAUCGUUUUCGGUUCGGGCAUGUCGCGGUUAUGCCUGCUCAUGAUAUCUUUUUGGAGUUGUUAGUGGAUAAGGAGAUGGGUGAGGGUGAUAAAGUGGUUGUGUUUGAGGGGAAUUUUGAUGGUUCAGAUGAAGGGAUUUCUAGUCUUGUUCAGUUGAUUAGUCAGAAGAUGUUGGCGGUGAGACCGGUGAAAGAGGUUAGGGUUUCCGAGGAGGAAGAAUUUGUAUCUAUCACGUUGAGAGUGGAGAUAUUGAAGACUGCAUUUGAUUUGUGUGGAUCACUUUUGGAGACUUCUAGGAAGCCGUGGAAAAAGAGUAUGAUGAGUGUUAUGUCUUGGUUAAGACCUGAAGUUACGACUUGUGGAGAUAUUUAUACUGGUAUUGAGGAAACUGAGAAUAUGGAGAUUGAUGCUUGUAUGGAUGAGACAGUAGAAGGGAGUAGUGGAUGUGAUCCAAGAGAUAGUACUACUGGAUUCGAUGUUGCAGAGUUCUAUGAUUCAGUCAAACCAUCCAAGGGAGAGCCGAUGCUAGAUGAUGAACUCCCUGACUUGCGUCCUACAUUGAGACCUUACCAGCGUCGUGCAGCUAAUUGGAUGGUACAAAGAGAGAAAGGAGCUUCAGAGAUUUUGAAUUAUCAAAAUCAAUUUUUUAGGCCGCUCAGUGUAACUGUUUGUUUCCUAGAUACAGAGUCCAAAAUGUUUUACAAUCCGUACAGUGGAAAUAUUUCAUUGCAUCCAGAAUCAUCGUCGUCGUACGUCUCUGGCGGGAUUCUUGCGGAUGAGAUGGGCCUGGGAAAAACUGUCGAACUGCUCGCUUGCAUCUUUGCUCAUCGCAGGCCAACAUCUGAUGGCGACAUAACUUUUAACAAUCAAAUGCAAGUUAACCGACAUCAGAUUAGUAACCUAAAGAGAUUAAAAAGAGAACGUGUCGAAUGCAUAUGUGGGGCUGUGAAUGAGAGCCAUAAAUAUAAAGGAUUAUGGGUACAAUGUGAUAUUUGCGAUGCUUGGCAGCAUGCAGAUUGUGUUGGUUACUCAACAGUAAGUAGUCCUUCGGAUUCUCAUGAAGCUGCAGAGGGUACAGGCCAUCAGCAGGUUCCAUCUGUGAAGAAUAAUGAAAGCAGCUCAACCAAAAUAGUUGAAGAUGAUGGGAAUUUUACUUGCCAAUUGUGCUUGGAACUGAUUCAAGCCUCUAGUUCUCCAGUUAAUACUGGGGCAACUCUUGUUGUGUGUCCAGCUUCAAUUUUACAACAGUGGAAUGCAGAAAUCAUUCGUCAUAUAGAACCAGGUUCGCUCAAAAUUUGUAUAUAUGAAGGUGUGAGGAAUGCUUCGCUUUCAGCUACUUCUACAAUGGAUAUAUGCGAACUUAUCAAUGCUGAUAUUGUCUUGACAACAUACGAUGUUCUGAAAGGAGAUCUAUCGCAUGAUGGUGAUAGGCAUGAAGGUGAUCGCCGCUUAAUGAGAUUCAAGAAAAGGUAUCCGGUUGUACCCACACUCCUCACAAGAAUAUUUUGGUGGAGGAUUUGCUUGGAUGAGGCACAAAUGGUAGAGAGUAAUGUAGGUUAUGCUACGGAAAUGGCAUUACGGCUGCAUGCUAGGUAUCAUUGGUGUAUUACUGGUACUCCUAUACAGCGUCGCCUUGAUGACUUGUAUGUACUUUUGAGAUUCCUUAAGGCUACUCCGUACGACACUCACAAGUGGUGGAUUAAAGUUAUAAGAGAUCCAUAUGAGAGGAAGGAUACCGGUGCGAUACAACUAGCACACAAGUUCUUUAAGCAAAUCAUGUGGCGUUCAUCAAAAGCAGAUGUAUCAGAUGAAUUGCAGCUUCCCCCACAAAAAGAUUCAGUAGCAUGGCUUACUUUCUCAGCUAUUGAAGCACAUUUUUACCAGAGGCAACACGAGACUUGUGUUAAUUACGCUCGUGAACUUAUUCGAAGCUUUAAAGACAAUGCCCGUCAAAGCGAAAUACAUGAUUCUGAAUCAAUCGAGCGCUCAGCCGAUCACUUACUCACCCAUUAUGAGGCUGCGAAACUGCUGCAGUCUUUAUUGAAGCUUCGUCAGGCCUGUUGUCAUCCUCAAGUUGGGAGCUCUGGGUUGCGUUCUAUUCAACAUUCUCCUAUGACAAUGCAGGAGAUACUGGAUGUUCUUGUGGGCAAAACCAAGACUGAGGGAGAGGAAGCUCUGAGAAAACUAAUUGUUUCUUUGAACGGAUUGGCUGGAAUAGCUGUGCUUGAGCAAGACCCAUCUCGAGCAGUAUCAAUGUACAGAGAAGCAUUGGCAUUAGCUGAAGAGUACUCUGAUGACUUUCGCUUGGACCCUUUGCUGAAUCUUCACAUUCAUCAUAAUCUGGCUGAGAUACUCCCAGUCACUUCAGGUUAUUCACAAGAGCACUGCUCAAUGGGAGGACAACUCUCUGAUAACGCUGAAAAGAGAGAUUCUAAACUGUAUGGAGUUAGUGAGUUUGGUCAACACCCUAUGAAGAGACAAAAGAUAAGUGAGGAUAAUAGCUCUUCAUAUCUAACUAGUCAGAAUUCGCAGCAAGAGGAAUCACAUGUUGCUUCUGAGCUGGAACACACAGGUGCCCAAGGGAACAAAGGUACCGAUAAUGAUGUCCAGCAGCAAAUGUCAUCUAGAUCCUUUGCUGAAGGUUGUUUGAGAGAAUGUGAAAAUACUAAAUUAAAGUACUUGUCUAUGUUCAAUUCCAAGCUUUCCUCGGCUCAGCAAGAGUUUCGAAAUGCACAUAUGCAGGUAUCCAACGCGUUCGGCGAGCAACAAAAGCAGCCUACAAACUGGUGGCUGGAAGCUCUUCAGCUUGUGGAGCAGAAAGAGAGCUCCUCAAAUGAGUUGAUCAGAAGAAUUUGUGAUGCUAUCUCUGGGACAUUAAAUAGUUCCAAGUCGCCUGGAAUUGCUUCAAGGUUUCAAAGUACAAGUGGUCUGAAGUACGUAAUCCAGACGUGUCUGGAUUCGUUAGAAGCCUCUAGACAAGAUUUACUUGGAAGGGUCUUGGAGAUUGAUCUGACAAUGGAGAAACCCAGGGAUGAGGAUAUUGCACGUGUGAGAUACUGUCGAAAUUGUCAAGAUAAUAAGGAUGGUCCUCUAUGUGUUCUUUGUGAGUUGGACGAGUUAUUUCAGGCAUAUGAGGCAAGACUUUUCCGCCUUACAAAAGGAGGUGAUGGAGGGAUGAUUGCGUCCGCUGAGGAGGCAGUUGACUUGCAAAAGAAGAAAUCUGAGUUGAAUCGCUUCUAUUGGGGAUUAUCACGUCCCAAGGAUGGCUCAUCCUCAUCCCUUGAUGGUAAUAAAGAGGAUAAGAAGCAGAGGGAUGUGAGGGCGAAAGUAGUGGUGUCAAGAUCUCCUUCUGAAUUAGAGAUUGUGCUUGGGGUUAUAAAAAGCUAUACUAAAUCUCUGAUAGGAAAAGAAGCUUUGUCAGUGGCUAACAAACAUCUACGUCUGCUUGAGGGUAUGCGGAAGGAGUUCACCCAAGCAAGGUUCUUGGCCACAGCUCAGUCUCAAGUUUUGCGUGCUCAUGAUGAGAUUAAGAUGGCAACUUCACGGUUGCGUCUAAGGGAGGAUGAAAAUGACACUUCUCUUGAUGCUUUAAGUUCAGCAGAACUAGUCGCAGCUAAUGUCGAAUUCUCUAAUGAGAAAUUUGUUUCCUUGUCCUUGCUGUCCACUAUAAAAGGGCAACUUCGUUAUUUGAAGGGAUUAAUUCUUUCUAAGCAAAAGGUUCAACUAGAUAGACCUAAUUCACCCACGAACGUGGACACUGAUAACUCAUCGGCUGCUUCUCCCUACACUAGAGAACAAAACGGGUUUAUAAAUAAAGCUGAAGAUGAGGCUUGCCCAGUUUGUCAAGACAAACUCCAGCACGAGAGAAUGGUUUUCCAGUGUGGGCAUGUUACUUGCUGUAGAUGUUUGGUUGCAAUGUCAGAGAGAUCAAAGUCUCGAAAUAAAUGGAUUAUGUGCCCAACUUGUCGGAAACCUACAGAUCUUGGGAAUAUUGCCCUUGCUGAUGAUAGCCAGAGCAAAGCCUGUAAUUCUGGUCUAUCAAGUGUGUCCCAAGGUCAUGAAAUGGUCGAAGCUUCUAUUAGUGUUCAAGGUUCAUAUGGAACAAAGAUAGAAGCCGUGACAAAGAGAAUCCUUUGGAUAAAGUCUACAGACCCAAAAGCAAAAGUUCUUGUCUUCUCAAGUUGGAACGAUGUCCUUGAUGUAUUGGAACAUGCAUUCUCUGCUAACAACAUCAGUCAUAUUCGGAUGAAAGGGGGCAGGAAAUCACAUGUUGCACUUUCGAAGUUCAAGGGUGAAAGAGAACCAGAAGAAAAGUCUAUUCAAGUACUGCUGCUUCUAUUCCAACAUGGAGCUAAUGGUCUCAAUCUCUUGGAAGCACAACAUGUCAUUCUUAUAGAGCCACUUCUGAAUCCUGCAACAGAAGCACAAGCAAUCAACAGAGUGCAUCGAAUUGGACAAGACAAAACAACUCUUGUUCAUCGUUUUAUAGUGAAAGAUACUGUUGAAGAAAGCAUAUAUAAAUUGAACCGAGGCCGAUCAACUAGUUCAGUUAUAAGUGGGAAAACUAAGAAUCAAGAUCAGUCAGUUCUGACGCUUAAAGAUGUGGAGUCUCUGUUUUCUUCAGCAACACCUUCUAUGCAAUUAGAAGAUAAGAAUGUUGAGACAGGAAGUCUAAAACACUUGCCUCCUGCUGUUGCUGCUGCUUUAGCUGCGGAGAGGAGAUUGAAGGAGAGUUUGACACGAUCAAUGUGAGCCGAAGCAUCAUCUCUCAGGUUCAGAAAUCAUCUGCAGACUGGAGUUAGCAGGAGUACCAUUUAGGCAACUAACUGGGGAAUGGUACCAAACAUGAAGUAAAGCAGUUACUACAAAUUCAACGGUGCGACCACCACCCACAAUACCUGACGCCCGGCGUAACUUCCCCUUUCACCAUGUUUCCCUGGAGUUGGUUGAUGCCAUUGGUUUUGUCACAAGGCCUUUCGUGAUUUCCCAUUUUCUUAGAAGAUAAUUGCUUUCACAAUUGAGCUUUUCGCUUCAUUACUCUUUCAAGAUUCAAUGCGGUUAUCACGUUCCAUCAUCUAUGUUGAGUUGGGGCUCUGCCGUUGAAAACUGGCAAAGACCAUAAACCCUUGAGGUCCAGAGCUCAAACAUUUCAGCCACACCAGCAAUGCUCGAGUUUCUCUGGUAAACAGUUGGAUGAUGCUUCUAGUGUUGCUGACUUCAACAUCCAAAGAGGCGUCUACUCUCGCUGCGAGGCGGGUUUUCAAGCACAGGUGAGUCACAAAAAGCAGUCCGACUUGUCAGUCACCAGUCCACUCAGAGGUGAACUACCAGGAAGAGUAAAGAUGGUGAACUUAACUGACCAUCAAUGUUAAGUUGCAUUCUGCAGUGGUUGUACACUGCUAAUAGUUUUACCACUGUAGAUUUUGAAGCAUUAGCGUCUCUUUCUUGGUCCAAAAUGAAAAAUGCUCUGUAAUCUGGCUACCCACCUCAUUUAACUAACAUGUGAAACUUAAAAAGCUCCAAUUUUAUAUUUGUUGAUAACAUAUUACACCAUUCCAUGUAAUAUGAUGACAUAAUCAAUGCGCAGUAGUAGUCAUCAUGAUUCAUGACACGAGUAACAGAUUGAA